UUGAAUGCACACCCUAAUACUGGUCAGACCAGGGACAUAGUUCAGAAUUAUCUGAACUAUGAGAACAGAUAACUUUUUUUUUUGUCAGCUUAUAAAGGAAAAAACCCACAAAAGUUCAUAUGCAGGUGCAGGCGUGACUCAGGAUAUCUUAGACUGAACAGUUCAUAUUGACCCUUGAUUUGAUGGGUUCUACGUAAAGCUUUAUGGAAUUUCUUAAGAUAUCAAACCUCAUACAGAAGAUUCAGAGCAUACAGAACAAAACAGGGUAUGUGGUCAGCAUGUCCUUGAGCCAAGUCACUUUUCUGUGUCAAUGACUGGCAGGCAUGUUAAAGCAGCAAUACAAAAUAGCUGGAGGACAUGGAUCAGAAUGGCCACAGACAGCUAUUCGGGAUGGGGUGGGGUGGGGUGGUCAGACCAUAUCAGUAGGGGUCAAAUCCAGGGCCUAACGUGUGAUAAGCAUACUGUGUUCCACUGAGGUACCCAGUCCUGGAAUAGAAGUUCUUACAUGCACAGUCAUAGCAGCAGCAUUAUUCACAACAGUCAAAAGAUGGAAGUAAUCUGAGAUUCCAUUGGCAAAUGAAUGAAUGAAGAUUACAUAUCCAAAGGACUUAUCUUUAACCCAGCAAAUGAAGGAUCUUUAGUACAAAAUUACCACAGAGAUGAACUUUGAAGGCAUUACUCUAAGUGAAAUAAACUAGGCACAAAAGAUAAAUAUUGUCUAACUCCAAUUUUAUAAGGUUUUAAAAGUAUUUCAAGUUCAAAAUCAGAAAACUAAUGCUAGUGAGAGGAAGGGGGAGGGAAGUCAUUAUUUAAUGGGGAGGGGAUUUCACUUUUGUAAGUGAAAAGUUCUAGAAAUUGAUUGUGUGACAAUACAAACGAACUUAAACAGUGCCGAAGUAUAUACCUAAAAAGGGAAAAUCUGAUCUUAUGUGUGUUUUAUCACAAUUAACGUACAUUAAAAACCAGUCGAUAUCUGUCUCAGGGUUUCUAUGCUAUGAAGAGACAGCACGACCAUAACAACUCUUAUUUAAAAAAAUAUUUAAUUGGGCUGGCUUACAGGUUCAGAGGACUAGUCCAUUGUCAUCAUAGGGACAAGCAUGAAGGCAUGCAGCCGACACUGUGUUGGAGAGGAGCUGAGAGUUCUGCAUCCAGAUGUGCAGGCAGCAGAAAGGGAGAGCAACAUUGGGCCUGGCUUGGACUUCUGAAACCCUAAAGCUCACCCCCAUUAACACACUUCCUCCAACAAGGCCACACCUCCCAAGAGUGUCACUCCCUAUGAGUUUAUGGGGGCCAUUUUCAUUCAAACUGCAUAACACCUAAUUUUCAGAAACACCUUCUUUUCAGUUAAGGUUACACACAAGUAAGGAUUUACCAGGGCAGUCAGCAGCAUCUCCUUCAGUGUUUCCUUCCCAUAUUCCCUCUGGGCCCAUUUCUCCUUGCUUUUACCACCAUCUGAUAUAUUUUAUUCAUUUUUGUGUUUCUUCCAUCAGAAUUUAGAGAGAAACUUUCUAUCAUAGUCAUUUAGAAGCAGGUCCUCUGUGCUAAUCAUUGUCUCAUUCUCCUUUUAUUAUUUUGUUUUUUGGGUUUUUGUUUUGUUUUGUUUUGUUUUUUUGAGACAGGAUUUUUGUGUGUAGCCCUGGCUGUCCUGGAACUCUCUCUAUAGACUAUAGACCAGGCUAACCUCGAACUCACAGAGAUUUGCCUGAGUCUGCCUCAUGGUGCUGGGAUUAAAGGCAUUUGCCACCACAACUGGUUCAUGUGUCAGUUUUCAAUGAUAAGCAACUUAUAAGUAGGGGGGAGGAGGUAUAUAUUUUGCCUCAUAAGUUCACAGAUUUUAGGCCAUGAUCUCUAGGCCUGUGGUUAGGCAGACUUCCACACAUCAGCGAGUGUGUGGGAAAAGGCAGGAAGUAAAGGUGUUUUCUUCAUGGCUGACAAGAAACAGAAGAAGGAAGAAGGGCACUGGUCCCAAUAACGUCGUAUAAUAUGCCCCCAAGAACCUAUCUUACUCUCACUGACCCAACAUUAGAUUCUAUCGUCUCCUGGCAGUGCCACUGACGGACAAGCAAGGCUUGAGCAUAUGGGGGACAUUUCCAAUCCAAACUUUAACCCCCUUUAAGUAGGAAAGAAACAAGCAUAAACCUUCUACUACAAUUAAAGUACUUUAUGGCUACCAAACUACCUCAGUCAGAACUUGUGUGGCUACUUAUGUCUACUGUUAAAAAGAAAAUACUAUGUGCAAAAACUUUAAGAUCAUAAACAUAUAUCCCUUUAAUUUGGACGGUGGUGUUUAUAUUACUUAACAAAGAGGUACUUUUGAAUGUUAAUAGUUCUGUGAAACUCUGCUCAAAUAAUAAAGUCUUAAGAUUUCAUGCUAUGUAAAGGCUACAAAAAGUUGAAAUGUGAUUAUAUUUGCUCUUUAGAUAUUUGGGAAGCUGAGAGACUGCCAUUCAUAUAUUUAAAAAAGUGCUUCAGAAUAUACAUGCAAAUUUGGCAAAUGGUGUUGGUUUUCCCUAUGGUACUAUGAAUUUUUAAAAAGACGUUUUAACAAAUCAUAGGUUAAUAGAAAAUCUCUAGUUUUGUAGUUAAUUUUCCUUAAUAAUAGAAAUAAAGUUUAGAUUAAGAAGUACAUGGCAAAAUAGUGAAUUUUUCUUUAGCACUGAAGAGCAGUUACAAAGGGGUAGUUCCAACAGUACCUGGAGAAUCGGUCUACGUGAAUUCCUACCUAAGCUAUUAAGGAAUAAUAACUAAAAGAUGGUCAUUUAUCUCCUACAAUGGCCUUUCAAAUGCAACAGGAAAAAAGCCCAAGUAGAGGAAAUUAUGCCACAAAUUUUGGUAUUACAUUGAAAAUGAUCAACAUUUAAUUGUUCCUCCUCUUACAUUAAUCACAUAUCUGUUUAUUCCGGGGAAAGUGGACACUGGUCCCACCACCCCACGCACUAUGUUUAUGCAUAAUCAGCCCCAAAAGGUAGAGAUAAUAGCAUAAUUUAAUUACAAAUAAAGGGCCUACCUACACGUUGCCAUUUGUAAGCAAUUCUUUUGUAUAGACACAUAGAUCAACAGGAUUAUGCACUUUAAAAUGUGAGGUAACAAGGCAUUUAAAAAUAACCAAGGUUUACGGCUACUGCCCUGCUAUCACUGACUGCAUAAACACUGCAAUUUAGCUGAAAAUAUAUGGAACAGACGGGAUAUUUUUGCAACGGUUGAAUAAGAUAUUAUGAUGCCAGAAAUACAGCUGUCCCCAGGCAGUUAAGCGCUCUCCAUUGAGUUUCUUUACUGUUGCUUUUGAGUAGGAGAUUGCUUGGUACUGUAGGUCACUGGUUAGGGUAAAGGACCUCACUGAAAAAUUCAUGCACACUUUGCUAACGUGGGAGAAAAAAUAGUGGUAUUUUGGAACUGUUAAUUGGAAGAAGGGGCAUAAAAACAUGCUUUUUUUUUUUUUUUUCUUUUUUUAAUAAAAAGGUCUUGCCUGGCUCUUGCCGAUUUAAUGUAACAAACCCGCGGAUAGUAAAAGGUAUAUAACUUGACAAGCUGGUGCUGCCGUCUUGUCCUUCACCGCCUUUUCUGCAUGAUCAAACCUUAAAUUGUUUUACGGACAGCCCCCAGCCGUAGAUCCGUGUCUUCCUGGGUUUUCUAGGCUCCUUUACCACUACCUGAAGAGAUGGAAGUCAGCCAGUCCUAGCACGAGAUCCCUGCUCCGCCCCAGCUGCCCUCUUCCAACAUGGCGCCCCAGGAGGCGGGUCCCACAUGUCGGCUCCCCGGGUUCCGGCGCCAUCGCGUUUUGGUUCCGGAGUAACAGCGGUCUAACGGCCGCCUUCCUCCUCCUCUCGCCGCCACCUCCGCUGCCGGGACGCGGGCCUCAGUCGGACGAUCCUGCACGCGCCGCGCCCUCCGGUUCCGGCUGCGGUCCGGGACCCGCCCCUUGACCCCGCGGCCCUGGGCCCCCCUGCCUGGUUGGAGGGCAGGCGCCACCGGUGCACCUCCGAAACAGCCCCGACCCAGCCCGCGGCGCCCGGCCACCGUCCCCUUGCCCACCGAGACACUCAGGACGGCAGGACCCUGGCCACUGUACCUGCCUUAAACCAGGCCGUUGCUCCGCUGUCUCCUCUUACUCACAAGGACUACAGAAUGCUUGUGGGUUCUGUUUUGUCCACUUUUGUAACUCCAGGACCUUCCGCUCUCUACUAAUUCCUCUUGGCCGGUCCCCCAACAGUGCAUCCUCUCCUAGGGACACUCCACACGACCUGGGCCUGGUUUUGGGCCUGCAAGCUCCCUCCUGAUCGCUCCUCUUCACUUCUCCCCAUCUUCUUGCUCCCUAUUUAUCGCCUGCCUUCUGUCUAUCGUUCCCCUUGUCACUUCUUGGGGCUCCUCCUAAGUAGGGGCAGGUCGGUACCCCUCGCCCCAGGAUGUGAGACCCUUUAACCUGUAAUGCUGUGGCUGGCCCUUGGCCCCUUCUGUGCCAUGGAGAACCAGGUGCUGGUGAUUCGGAUCAAGAUUCCAAAUAGUGGCGCGGUGGACUGGACCGUGCACUCCGGGCCGCAGUUACUCUUCAGGGAUGUUCUGGAUGUGAUAGGCCAGGUUCUGCCUGAAGCGACGACGACAGCGUUUGAAUAUGAAGAUGAAGAUGGUGAUAGGAUUACAGUAAGAAGCGAUGAAGAGAUGAAGGCAAUGCUGUCCUACUAUUAUUCCACAGUAAUGGAACAGCAAGUAAAUGGCCAGCUAAUAGAGCCGCUGCAGAUAUUUCCAAGAGCCUGCAAGCCUCCUGGGGAACGGAACAUACAUGGCCUGAAGGUGAAUACACGGGCUGGGCCAUCUCAACACACCAGCCCUGUGGUCUCAGAUUCGCUUCCAAGCAAUAGCUUGAAGAAGUCCUCAGCUGAACUGAGAAAGAUACUGGCCAACGGCCAGAUGAAUGAACAAGACAUACGGUAUCGAGACACCCUUGGUCAUGGCAACGGAGGCACAGUCUACAAAGCACAUCAUGUCCCAAGUGGGAAAAUUUUAGCUGUAAAGGUUAUUCUGUUAGACAUUACACUGGAGCUUCAGAAGCAGAUCAUGUCUGAGCUGGAAAUCCUUUAUAAGUGUGACUCAUCGUAUAUCAUAGGAUUUUACGGGGCAUUUUUCGUAGAAAACAGGAUUUCAAUUUGUACAGAAUUCAUGGAUGGGGGGUCUUUGGAUGUAUAUAGGAAAAUUCCAGAGCACGUCCUUGGAAGAAUUGCAGUUGCAGUUGUUAAAGGCCUUACCUAUCUGUGGAGUUUAAAGAUUUUACACAGAGAUGUGAAGCCCUCCAACAUGCUUGUAAACACAGGCGGACAGGUCAAGCUGUGUGACUUUGGCGUGAGCACACAGCUGGUGAAUUCUAUAGCCAAGACGUAUGUUGGAACAAAUGCUUACAUGGCACCAGAAAGAAUUUCAGGAGAGCAGUAUGGGAUCCAUUCUGACGUGUGGAGCUUAGGAAUCUCUUUCAUGGAGCUUGCUCUUGGGAGGUUUCCAUAUCCUCAGAUUCAGAAAAACCAGGGAUCUUUAAUGCCUCUCCAGCUUCUGCAGUGCAUUGUUGAUGAGGAUUCGCCGGUCCUUCCGCUUGGAGAGUUCUCGGAGCCGUUUGUACAUUUCAUCACUCAGUGCAUGAGGAAGCAGCCCAAGGAGAGACCGGCGCCUGAGGAGCUGAUGAAACAGAUCCUGCUGAUGGCCGGUGCUUUGUCCCCAGCUCCAAGGCAAGGUUGCUUUGAUUGCAAAUGACAGUUUGCAGUGAGCAGGGAAAGGGACAGAGAUGCUCCCUCUCAAUUCCCAAAUGGUCAUUCAUUCCAGCCGCGUGUGAUCUGACAGUGCAAGCUGUUAGAGCGGUGCUGGGCAUGCUGGGAUGGAGCGUUAGGAGCAGUGAGUUUAGCCUGCACUGCCUGGUACUUGAGUGUUGCUCCCCAUUGCCAGGUGAGGCCUCCCUCAGAGCCAGCCUCAGCCUUGUUAAACAAGGUGCAGCUCACACAGCUCACACAGCUCGCCCAUGGUGGGAUUUCCUUCUAAGCACCCGCCUUCUGGGAGCCACAGAGCCCUCACACAACGCAUGCGCCUCUGGUGUCACCUGCAGUGCAUUGCUCAUUCACAGCACACUAGGCUAGCUCUCACUUCCCCUAAAAGCUGCAAGUUAAAAACUCAUCCCCAAAACCUCUGAACUUACUAUCUGUGGGUUUCAUGGACAGACUAAAGGUGGGGGGUGGGGGUUUUGUUGGUUUGCUGUUUAAGUGGUCUGCUUGUUGUUGUCUUUCCUUUGUUUGGUCUCUGAUGGUUUGGGAGUUCUUGCAGUUAGUCACAACUGAGAAAGCUUGGAGCAGGCUCUAGAAACAGAGACUCAUUUACCUGGGUCAUCAUUGGCUAUGGCUGGAGAGCUCAGCUACUAAAACAAAGAAGUAGGGUUUCAUAAAAGAGAUAGCCGUGUGUAAGUGCAUGUUUGAUGCUGCAGUGAGUUGGUCACUUAUAAAUAAGACACCUGCAGAUCAUGUGUGCACUCAUAAAUGCAUGUGGAUGUGUGUAAGAAACACCCCUGAGGAAGGCAGCACUGUCAUGAGGACAAGGCGCGUGAGUGGGCACUUACCACUGUGCUACCCUACCUUUAUAAUUAACAAAUAUAUUUUUUAAAAGAUUUAUUUAUUUAUUAUUUAUAUGAGUAUACUGAAGCUGUCUACAGACACACACUAGAAGAGGGCAUCAGAUCCCAUUACAGAUGGUUGUGAGCCACCAUGUGGUUGCUGGGAAUUGAACUCAGGACCUCUGGAAGAGCAGUCAGUGCUCUUAACCGCUGAGCCAUCUCCCCAGCCCAACAAAUAUAUUUUUAAGAAAUAAAGAAAAACAUACUCACAGGAAGCACCGUCCUGUACUUAAUUUUCUCUUGUACUCACCACUAAGAUUUUGGCGGAAUUUAUCCCGCAGUAUAGUGGAGGUGAGGCUCACCCUUAUUGGUGAAGAGGUAACAAGCGAUAGGGAGUCCUGUGCAGGGCUCAGCACGACAGGACCUCCCUGGCUGCUUCUGAGUAAAAACGGGACCCAGAGGGAGUUGGAAAACUCGUGGGCUGUCCCUUGUCUUGAGCCGAGUCAUAUCUUAAGGAACCAGGUCUAUGUUCCUUGUAACAUAUGAAUGGCUUUGAUUGUGUCUUUACCCUCUCUGCCUGUGGCCUAUUUGAUGAUGCUCCCACCAGAAGUCACGGGCCUCAGCAGGAAUGCAAGGACUGUAGAGCCCAUCGCCCAUUGCCAUUGUCAUUGUGGUGCAAGAAUGCUCCUUUUGGGAAAAUGGGAGCAAGGAGAGGGAGAGAGCACGCAGUUUAUGUCUCAAGCACAGGAACUCUAGCCAGCAGGGUACCAGAGGCUUGGACUCGAGCUGUGUCAGCUGUGGGUCCCACAGAAUUAUCAAAAAUUUCCCUAUGGGUCCUACACUCCAAGUCACAGGAAGAAAAUCAAAGAUGAAGCCUGUGGAAAUACGAAAGUUAUCAAAUCACCCUUUGAAAACUCUCACAUGAACUCCAGAUGGAACCCACGUGGUCCUGCCUAAAUAAUGAUGAAUUCUGAUGGAUAGGCCAGAUCACCUGGCCAUGCACAUAACAGUGUCAGACUCUCUCUUUGUUUGUAGAAUGACUUUACAGACUCAGGUACCCAAUAUACAGCUUUAAAAUUGUUGUUCAUGUCAUUCUGGAGAGUAAAUAUGAAACUCGAGGUUUAAUUCAGACCAUUAAAAUCUCAGGUUCAAGCCGGGCGGUGGUGGCACACGCCUUUAAACCCAGCACUUGGGAGGCAGAGGCAGGCAGAUUUCUGAGUUCAAGGUCAGCCUGGUCUACAAAGUGAGUUCCAGAACAGCCAGGGCUACACAGAGAAACCCUGUCUCGAAAAAACCAAAAAAACAAAAACAAAACAAAACUCAGGUUCUUAGGUUCAAAAUACAGUUCAGUGUGUAGCUGCUAAGUUCCGCUCUGUUGUUUUGCACAUAGCUGUUUUUAUGCCCUAAACAAAAGUCUUAGGAAGCUGGACCAAGGAAUUUUCAUAAUGCUUGCAUGUUAAGGGCUAAAAGCAAUAUGGCUGGCAUAGUUUUCUGGUGGACAGGACUCAAACUAGGCAUGUUGCUUCUCCAUAGCUGUAAUUCCAGUACUCAGGAGAUGGCUCAGCAGCUAAGAGUAUGUACUGCUCUUAGAGGACCCAAGUCAGUUCCCGACCUAAUAUCAGGCAGUUCACGACUGCCCAUAACUCCAGAGACAGGAUCCAACACCUCUAAUCUCUGUAGGCACCUGCAUGAAUGUGAUGCACAUAAACUCACAAUGAUACAUACAUACAUACAUACAUACAUGCAUACAUGCAUACAUACAUACAUACAUACAUACAUACAUGCAUACAUACAUAGUCGCUGGAGAGGUGGCUCAGUGGUUAAGACCACACUGCUCUUUCAGAGAACCCAGCCAGGUUCAAUUCCCAGCAUCCACAUGGUGGCUCACAAACCAUCUGUAACUCUGGUUCCAGGGGAGCCAGUGCCCUCUUCUGACCCCUGAGGGCACCGGGCAUGAAAGUAAUACACAGACAUAGACACAGAAAAUGCAUCCAUACACAUAAGUUUAAUUUUAUAAAAGAAAUCUUUUUAAAAGAAAGGCAGGCAGCAAUUAAAGAGCUGACUGUGUUUGUAUGAGUACUUGAGUUCAGAUCCCUAGCCAGGUGUCAGGAGAUCACUGGCCCGCUGGCCAGCCGGCCUACCUAAAAAGGAGAGUUUCAAGUGAGAGACCCUGUCUCAAAGGAGUAAUAGAGGAAGACAGCCGAUGUCUUUCUCUGAUCCCCACACUCAUGCACACAAACACACCAUAUACAAGCAAAAAAAUCUAAGUAAAAUUUAAAAGCAGGCCAUGGCAUGUACCUAUAAUCCUGGUGCUGGAAGUGGGAACAGAGGAUGCUAGGAGGGGCUCUCUGGCCGGCCAGCUGAUGAGCUCCAGGUCCCGUGAGAAGCCCUGGAAGCAUAAAUUGUUUGCAAUCUACUUUAAUACGGGUUCAACCUCUCCUCUAGCCCACCACCCAGCAGAAGCCAUGGGAGAGAAGAGUUAUUAGGAUAUGGGGAACUGGGCCUGUUCAGCAGUAGUUCUUUGGGGGUGAGCUUGGUCUUCUUUGACGUGUUCGGUCCCAUCGCAAACACCAAAUGUGACUCAGCAGCUGCAGACCAGGCCUCUAGGCAGGCAGACACCAGGCAGGAACCAACAGCUGUAGUUCAAGCCUGAAGAAUACACCAGGCUGGCCACCCAGCCUAGGGGGAGGCUGCAGAAGCGGCAAGCUGCCACAGGAACCUCACGAGUGAGGUUCUCCUUGGGUGAGUUUCUCUCAAUGUUGGGCUCAACAACGCUAUGUAAAACAAACCAAUACAUGAGAGUUGUUAGCAAAGAAUAGGGAGAACAAGCCAAGGACGAUGAAGUAGCCAGUGCUCCUCUCCCACGGUCUGCAGGGUCAUGUUUAUACUCCUUCAUCACAGGCCCUUUCACGUGUUUGCUAUAGCCAAACAUCCUUUCACCUGUGUCUGCUUCAGGAAAACAUUCUCUCACAUUUGCCUCAGCAAGACAUCCUCUCACCUGUGUGCCCCGACCAAACAUCAUUUGACAUAAAUGACUUUCCAAAGAAACUAGAAUUUUUUCACUUCAAGACCUGUCUUAAACAAUAAGAUAGGAUGAAAAAGAGACCAUCCAGUGUGGAUCCCUGGCCUCCAAGGGCUAGGCACACUCACACACAGGUGAUAACACAUACACACACAGGUACACAGAUAAUAUAUAAUACACACACAUACAACACACAGAUAAUAAGACACUCAGAGUUUUCAUCAUUAACUUCCACACCCUCUUAUGAGUCAUAGAACCUGCUGAAUAAUCAGAUUGAUAUAUUUAAGGACCCCUAUGAGCAGAGUCCUGUGCUUGACCCAAUAGCUGCUUUAAAGGGCAGUAAAUCACACAUUGCUGGGUAGAGGCCAGGUGCCCAGCUAACCAGAAUGAAGCAAUAGUUUUACAGGAACAAUGUAGACUUGUGUGGGUAGGGGACGUGCUAUGUGGAGACGGCAGUGUAUGGAAAGCCCCUUUGAAGGACAGGUUGAACUGUAUUAAUUUUCAAGGGACCAUUCUAGGCAAAGAAGACAGAACAGGAAAAGCACCCUUGUGGGUGGAGACACCUUUGGGGGGGUCAAAUGAUUCUUUCCAGGGGUCAUCUGAGACCAUCAAAAAAUACAGGUAUUUACAUUAUUAUUCAUAACAGUAGCAAAAUUACAGUUCUGAAAUAGCAAUGAAAAUAAUCGUAUGGUUGUGGGUCACCACAGCAUAAGGGACUGUAUUAAAGGUCACAGAAUUAGGAAGGCUGAGCCACUGAGCUAAUACCUGCUGGAUCAGAAACCCCUUGACCUUGGCCUAAUAGAAUUCUAGACCCUCAAAGGUGGAGGUCACAUGGGCAGUGGAUCACCAGCUGGGUAGUCACUAGAAGAAUUUCUCUUCUACAGCAGGGACUCCAGGGUUGCUCUAAAAGUGUUACCUCUCCAUCAAAGCAGCACUAAGCCCUGUGUGUAGACCUCUGUCCUUGAGAAGAUGGCUCUUGAAAUGUACUUCCUGCUCAACUGUAGGGAAGUCACUUGUGCUGAGAGCCAUCAGAUUUCUUCAGGCAUCAGGAGCCUAAACCAGAAAUCAGGAGUCAGCUUUAAGCCUCAGGAAGUAAAGCCAGCCAUGCAGGCAGCCGUGAGCCCUCAGCAUGCUGCCGUGCCAGGCAAUCAGACACGGCCCCAGGUCUCUCUGCUCCUGCAAUCUUGAUCCCACGACUGAAGAACCACAUGAUGCACCCUGACCUCUGUAGCCAGGAAACCUCAACAAAACGUUUCCAGGCAGUAGACACUGUGGAGGUGCAAGACAGACCCUUCAGCAGGCUUCAGACAGCCACAGUCAGCUUCUGCCAGCCAAAACGAUGGUGGAAUUUGAAAGGGGGACACACUACAAAGGCAGUGGAGAAAUGUUUCCAUCAUGUCAAAGAUCAGAUUAGAAAAGACAAAAUAUUACAUUGGAUCCUUAAACUCGAGUACAGAAAAGCAACGUGAGAUGGGUGUUCUGGUCUUAUUUUGCUAUCUAAAUUGUCGGUUUAAGUGUUUCAGAAGCAAGGAUGCAGAGCGGUGCUGUGUAAACAGCUUGUAUCUGCAAACCACAGACAUUGCAUGGGAGACACUGUCUCCCACUAGGUUCUGUGGUAGCCAAGGUCAGCCUGGGAUUAACAAGGACCUGAGCCACAGCCCUUCCCUGUAUCACCCCAAAGAAACGACCUGCCCUUUGCACUUCGAUAUUUUCACAUGUAAAGUCCGGAGAUGUGCCACCUCAGGGGCCCUUGACCAGGGAAAUCUGUGAAGAGUCCAAAAUUACAUGCAGAAUCCUGUGUGGCAUGUGCAGAUUUGCAUUUUUUUCUUUCCAUGAAAGGAGGAAUUCAUAGUUGUCACCAGUUUUUCAAAGGGACCAUGACCCUCAGUGAUUGUUCAGCUCCCAGGCUACCUUGGCAUUCUGCUCUUUCCAGCUUCCUGUCAGGGCCAGACAAGCAGCUCAGGAGGAGGCAGUCACUCCCGGGGAGGGCGCUUGGUGUGGGGGAGGGAAAGGAAGCAUCCUCCCCGUGGGAUCUGCCAGGCUCCCACCAGCUGUCAGGCAGCCCUUUAACCUCCCAGCCUGUCCCCAAUGAGGGUCAUAGCUCAGGACCGGGCGGGUGAGGGCCACAGGCACCCACACAGUUACAGUCUGGGCUCAGCGUGGCGAUCCUCCUUCUAUGCAUUUAGAGCAUUUCCUGGAGCUUCCGAUGUCUAAGCUCUAUUUAAUGGAAUCUAUGCAUAGUAAGUAAUCAGGUCAGAAGAAAGCAGCGCCCCGGUUUGAGAUCAAUCGCUGGCUAAUACUUUAUCGAGGCCACUUUAUUAUCUCAUGCUGAUCUGAACCCAUUCUCCUCCUCCUUUGCAACACCCACUUCGGCUGUGGGAAAAGUACGGAUCCCAUACAUAUUAAAAACAUAUACCCAUUCUAUCUGUAUGUAAAUGCGUGAGGCACAGCUGGAUAUUGCAGAGGAGUUUGAUUUACUAAUAGUUAUUAUCUGUUCUCGCCGUUCAGUGAGAGAGAAUCUCAGAAAAACAAGCUGGCACAGAAAUUGUCUUUAUGCUGUUACUGUCCUGCUUCGGUAACUGUUUAAAAACAUGGGUUUUCUCUGUAGGUUCUAAUAACGCCUGUCAUUCUGCACAUUUCCCCCCGUGCAUGGCCCUGUGCCCUCUAGAACAGGGCAUCCUGUGUGAGCGCUUCCCCCAGUUUGGUUUUUGUGUUCCUAAGAAGCAACCUGGGGCUCAGCUUGGGAUGGGAACGUCACAGUUUGCUUAGGAACCACUGUAAACAGUAAACCCACAGUAUAAACAGUAAACCCACAGCAGGGUGGGGUCUACAAGAAGCAGGCAUAGGCCUUAGGGGAGGGUUCAGGCAGCCAUAAGCACAAUGAGUUUUGGAUGUUUGCUCCCCCUGAGCCCAGCUGCAAACAUAAGGCGUCUUAUUUCUCCGUGAAGGCUCUGUGUAUGGGGGUGGGGGGAUGUUUGGGGGCCAAUAAACACCAAACUGCUCCAGAAAAACCUGUUUAAACAUUUAAUUACUUGCAAAGAGAUGCUAACUUCUUUAACUCCUCUAAAUUAAAUUGUCACUGGUAGCAUUUCUGUUUGCCUGAACCCGUCUGUAAUUACAUUUUCAGAUACUUUGGUCGGUUAUUCUAAUUAAUCAAAGUGUAUGAUAAAUCAGACAUCUGCACACUCCCUUUCAAAGAAUGAAGGGAUGCUGGAUUUUGGUCCCUUCUGCACUCAGACCCCAGCGUGACUUUGGGAUUCACACAAGUGUCUUCACUGUGAGACACAGACCUUCUGAUAACUGUGAAAGGUGAAGUGCGCUCGGCAAAGUAAGAUGAUCUCUAUUCCACUAUGUCAGUAGUCAGAGCAUUCAUUAACCAGAAAUACCAAAAGAAAAGGGGCUGACCAGGGCUUCAUGGAGGCAGGUAAAGGACGCUGAAGAAGGACAGGGGGUCUCCUCUCGGAGACUGGGGGUCCUCUUGGUUGACACAAAGGUGAGAAGAUGCAUAGCUUUCUGGAAGCACAGGACCCAGCCUGUCCAGCAUCACCACCACAUCCUACUGAAGAGGCUGAAGCUCAGAAAGGGCAUCUUCACACAGCUACCUUCACACAGGUGCCUUGGGUGAUCGGGGCCAUGUGAGUGCUGGGGGCACCUAUACUUUUCAACAUAUUAAGGACGGUUAGCAAACUCUUCUCACCGUGAAUGCCAUUUACUACAUCUGACUAUUGCCUGCGUAGUGCAAUAUGUCUGUUAUUUUCCUUUCUCUUUUUCCUCCUCCUCUUCUUCCUCCUCCCGAUUCCUUGUGGUCCUCCUUAGUUCCAGUCCCAGGAUUACAGACCUGUACCAACAUACCUGCCACAUACAACCUGUUUUUAGAAUGUUCCCGAGCAUCUGGCUCAUCCUUGCAGACUUCAUUUUUGCUUAGGUUCUAUACUUUACCUACACACAUUAGCUGUGGCACCCAGAAUUUACAGACAGGAGUCCUGGCUGCGUGCCCCCUUUGAGCACAAAAGUCCUUGUCACAUGGCGGUGGCUCCUCACAAAGUCCAACUGAUAGCCAUGGCAUCUUUUUUUCCUCGGGUUCCAAAGGCCAUGGAGUAAGUAGUGUUUGUGUUUGCUUAUGCACGGGAGUCCUCCAGGAGAGCUCAUGUUAGCACUGUGACUACACAGAAUUAUAACGCCAGAGCCACUGUCUGGGUGCUUGAGACAGCGCUAAAUCAGUCAGUUUCAAUUUGAAUUUCUGAUAACACAUUAACACUUCAGCAAGACUCUGGAUUAUAACCCCAGCAAACAGGCUUUGCUCUCUAGAUGUGCCUGCUUAGUCUCCUUAUGAGACUUUAAAGGAUGUGUGUGUGUGUGUGUGUGUUAUGUAUUUUAAGCGUGCACAUGUCGAGAUACAGAUGGAAAAGGCCUAGCCUCAGCAGCCAUGGUGAUUUGACAGCUCGUUUCCAGAUGAGGCUAACGUUCCCCACUCCUUCAAGUCAGAUCUCUUUCUCUCUUUCAUUACAUGUAUUUAUUUGUUUGUUUGUUGUAUGUGCAAGCAUCACGGCACACACAUGGAGGUCAGAGGACAGCUUUUCAGGAAUCACUUCCCAGUACGUGGACCCUGGGCAUAAAAUUCAGAAAGUUUGUCUUAGCAGCACCUUAACCAUUGAGCCGUCUCACUGGUUAGUCUGAUCCUUUGUUACAGCUAUGAGUUCCCUGUGUAAGGCUGCCGUUGCUUGAACAUGAGCUGCAGUACGUCUUGAUUUACGGCAUCUCAUGUGAAGGCACAUGGCAGUGCUGCAGUCAUAGCCCCGAGGAACAGGGGUUAGUGUAGGUGCAGUAGGUGGAGUGGUUGGCCUCCUGUUUUCUUCAUAUCCAAUUCACUGGGGGCUGAGGGAGCUACAAUGUUACCCUGCAUCCCCAAAUUGGGUACCCUGAGAUGCCUCCAGGUUCUGCUGUUGGGUGUGGUCUCCAGCCUAGAAGGCAACCCUCGUCCUUCUUGAGGUCUCCAUCCUCCUGCAGGUUCACCUGGCAGGGCUCACUCCCCACUCUGAGCAGUACCUGGCACAUGCGGAUCUUUCCAGAGCCAGUCAGUGUGUGCAGAGUCAGCCCUCCCAGCUCCUCAGAAGAGGAGGGUUAGAGUAAGAGAGGGUUAGAGUAAGAAAUGGAAGCUUCUAAGUAGACGGAGCACCUCCAGCCAGCCCUGGCCAGGGACAGAGAUGUUCUGUCGUGUUGUUUGAUCUUUUACAGCACCCUGGGUGUCUAGAAGGAGCAGCCAGUGGGAAGCUGGAUUUUUUUUUCCCCCAACUAGAUUGUAAGUUUGCUGAAGGAAGAGCAUGGUCUCAUAAUUCAGUGCCUAUCUCGGGCCUUGGCUCUCAGUCAGGCUAAACGCCAUUGAUCAUUCCCUGCUUGCACCAUUCUCGCUAACCCAGUCAAUAAACACUCCUGGAAAGGAAGCGCUGAACACAAACACGACAUUGUCCCCUGAAGAAGCUCACCCAAGGACAGUUGAUCCCUGGAAAGUAUGACAUGCUCUGUACGUUAGGGCACCUCUACAAACAUACAUAAUCUGAUUUAAACGUUCAUGCUGGGAGAGCUCAUUCAGGUACAGUCAGCUUCCUAGAACACCACUGGGUUCACAGAAUAGUACUCAAAGCAUUUCACAAGCCAGUACGACAUACCAUCAACAGCAGAGCAGUUGUUAGUGUCUCAGUCCUACCUGGGAUUGAGAACAACAGCCUGUAGCGCUAGGCAGGCAGGUGCUCUCUACACCACUGUCAUUUGACCACUGGAGGGUUCACCUCCAUCCAUUAAUUCCAAAUCAAAAGACCAUUAGCAAGCCAGGGCCUAGAAGAGGCUUCCUGGCUGGCACCCUCUUCUCCGAUGAAAUAGCAGGAGAGCCUGAGGUCCCCAUCAGUCAGCACACCAGAUGCCUACCGCCCGUGUGCCAGUGCUUAGGGUAGAGUGGUCAGGUUGCAGAAGCCCAGAAAUGGUUAGCAGUUGAAGGUACAAAAAGAUCUGGAAGCCAGUCCCCAGGACUUGGGAGUUACUGUUGAAGGUAGCAAACUUGUUUUCCCUGUGAGAAAACACUGAUAAAUAGAUGCAGCUCUUAUCAAUUAUUAAUGUGUCUAACCAGGAAUGUCAGGGGCUGGGGAAAAUAUGAGAAGCCUCCUGUUUACAGUUGUAGCCAGCUGGAUUUGUUUAAUGGGUUGUUUGCUUUUUAAUUUGUAGCAGUUUUGAGCGAGACCUUUGGGGACUGGGAGUCGUACAGCUUCAGAUACAGUUAUGGGGGGGGUGCUAAACCUGUCUGCAGAUAAUUUGAGGUUCACAUGGCCAUUUAGAGACUACAGAAAGGCAGCGCAGACAUUUGGGUCUUCCGUCCUCUAUUUAAUUUUCAAGAUUCGAAUUAAACAUCAGGCCCUGGUCUACGGAGAGACAUUUGCUGGAGUGUGGACUAGUUUCUUCCUGUACCCUGCUUCCCACUCCUCUGCUCGCUUCGUAUAAACGGUCACUGAUUCUGAAGUUGCAGAAUAGGAGCCCUUCAUUUAUUCGAGCAAAGGUUCCCCUGGCACAAAUAAAAAUGGAAUUUUCAAAUGUAACCCGAUUAACUCUUAAUUGUACACCAAUAGCCUGUGUUUGUCCUGGCUCCCUCGGAAGGCUUCAGUGCGACCUGCAUCUCUGUCUAAAGUUGCGGGGGAGGGGGGAUUCAAUUAAUAGCAGGACUUUCUAAUUGUGGGAUCGGUGUGGAGUUGACAAAAAUUUGUAUAAAUAGGGUACAUUUUUCCACUUAAGAGGGCUGUGCUGAGACAUUUUUUAAUUGGAUUUUCAUGGUGAUUGACAGCAUUUGAUUAUGACAGUAACUUUAUUUGGCUGGGAUGCUUUAGCCUCUUGUUCAGAUUUCCCAUCAAAGCUCCUUUUCAUCGGCUCAAUCCCCGGCGGAGCAGCAGUCAUUGUGGAGGAGCCUUUUAGCACCUUUGUGUGGCGCUCCCUGGUGAUGAUUGGGCCCAGCUGGUAGUAGAUAGGAAAAUGGGCCUUUCACAAAGAGGCUGCGGCUCCCGCCUCUGCGGCUUCAAUAAUUUUAAGAGCCCCCCAAACCUGUUGAGGAUUAGAAGUAGCUUUAGAUGUGAAAUGAGUGUUAAGUAUUAGUAAUCGGGAGAUUAGGGCCCCAGGGACCAUGAGAGAUAAACAACCGCAAUUAGGGCAAAUCUGCCGAUGUAAACAAAAUUUAGCAAAAGCAGAUGCCCUCGCCAUUUUGGGGAUUGAUUCGAGGGCACGGAGGAAUCGAUUUUUGUCUUGUUUACACUUGCAGACCCCUGUGAUAUACUGGAAGGCUAAAUAUUUCAUACCGCCUGAUUUUAGUUAAUUUUUUUUCCAGCGCCUCACAGUAGGCGCCUCUCUUCUCACAGUGACCAGGCCUGAGUUUAUUCAGCAUUCACAGGGAGCAGCUAAUUGUCUAUGAAGGGCCCCCGUGUUUAAAUGGGCUUGACAGGAAUUUAAAUUUUGUUUCAAUCAACCCCUGUGCUCACAGCCUGCUCCAGUUUCUAAUUUUUAAAUUAAACAUGAUUUUUUUUUAAGCCACAGCCUUGCCUCUGGAAUGAUCUCCCUCCAGCUUUCAGAAGACAGACAGGCAACCCCAGAAGCUGGCAGAUGCUGGAAAGGUCUUUCUCCAGAGCCUGGGCUGGGCUCCUGAAAAGUGGGUUAAGCACUUGAGGCAGGCAUGGCGGGCUGUCAGGGCCAGCAAGAUUAUAGGCUCCUGCGUGUGCCCAGGUGCGGGCUGUUUCCUGAGCUUUCUCAGCUGUGGAGAGGCAGAGUGAGAAUUUCAGUGAGCACUCGCCAGGCUUUCGUCCUGAGCCCCAACUCAGCACACAGUGCCCCACCCAGCCUUGGGGGUGAGGGGCAUCAUGUGGCCCCUGGGUCCUGACUCAGGUCAGCUUGCGGCCCAGCAGGAGAGUGAGGAUUAAU